UAAGUAUUCUCAGGCUCAAUUAUCGGGUUGUUCUUGGUUUUUUUCUCCUGAGCAACCGCCCAUGAAUUCAGAACCUAUCAUUAGAGAUAAGCCACAAAUUCCCACCAAGAAACCCAUUCAACAAGAUAAUCCGCCAUUACUUACUGAAAUAAGCGAAACACCUAUCACUAAUUAUCAACCAAAAUCAAUAAUUAGCGGAAUUUCAACCCCAAGCAUUAGUCAAAAAACAGAAAUCAGCGAACCAUUGCCGGAAAUUACUAAGCGGUUAGAACCAAAAGAAAAUAUCCUACUAACCAAAAUUAGAAAUUUAGAGGAGCAACUAAAACAAACCCAAACUGAGAACAACAAUUUAAAAGCAUUAAUUAAUUCAGAAAGAAAAAUCAACCAAUCCUUACACUCAACCAUCACUAAUUUAACGCACAAAUUUCAUACUGACGAACAAAACCACACUAACCUCCUAAAUGCUUAUCAAAAAGCCUUAAACGAUAAAGCCAGAGUGGAAAAGCAAGUUAGUUAUUAUGAAAAGCAAUUAAAAACUCUUGCUAAAAGUCUUUAUCAAUGA